AUAUAUAGCAUACAAUUGUAAAAACACACUGUAACAAGCAGCAAAAAUGAAGGGAGCAGUCGUUGCAGUUUUGGUUGCUGUAGCUCUUGUUCAACUCAUGGCAAUGCCAGGAGAGGCAGUGGAUUGUGGGCAAGUGAAUUCAUCUUUGGCCCCUUGCAUUCCCUUCCUGACUGGAGCAGACACCGCUCCAUCAGCUGCAUGUUGUGGUGGAGUCAAGAAUUUGAAGGCGCUUGCUCCAACCACAGCCGAUAGGCGAGCUGCCUGUGACUGUGUUAAGGCUGCUGCCUCUCACUAUCCAAAUAUAAAUGAAGAUUCUGCCUCUUCACUCCCUAAAAAAUGUGGGGUUGAAGUUACUAUCCCCAUUUCCAAAAACACCAACUGUCAGAAGUAA